GGAGCGGGAGGCGCGGCCCCGAGGCGCGGCCCCGCCCAGGGACGCCGGCGGCCGCCAUGGAGGUGCUGGAUGAGAACAAGGCAAAAUGCAGAGCUGGACUCCUUCCACUUCAGUUCUAAAGCUGCAGAACACCCUGGCUCAAGCAAGAUCCAGUUUUGAAGCAGCUGGUUCUGGACUCUCUGCUUAAACUGCUUUCUUCCACUGAAUUCAAACGAACAAAGAAGAGAUGGUCAGCAGUCAGCCUCUCCCCAUAGCAGACAGUGGGAAAAGGAAAAAGAAAAAGAGAACCAGAGCCACAGACCAUGUCCCUGGGAAGUUUGAAGACUUGUACAAGCUGACUGCUGAGCUUCUUGGUGAGGGAGCCUACGCCAAAGUUCAGGGUGCUGUCAGCCUCCAAACUGGGAAAGAGUAUGCAGUAAAAAUCAUUGAAAAAAAUGCUGGGCAUAGUAGGAGUCGGGUUUUUCGUGAAAUAGAAACACUGUACCAGUGUCAAGGUAACAAGAACAUUUUGGAGCUAAUAGAAUUUUUUGAAGAUGACACAAGAUACUACCUUGUCUUUGAGAAGCUGCGAGGAGGUUCCAUCCUGGCCCACAUACAAGAACGAAAGCACUUCAAUGAACGAGAAGCCAGCAAAGUGGUGAGAGAUAUUGCUUCUGCUCUGGAUUUUCUUCAUACAAAAGGUAUUGCUCACAGGGACCUGAAGCCUGAAAACAUCCUGUGUGAAUCUCCAGAAAAGGUAUCACCAGUAAAAAUAUGUGACUUUGACCUUGGGAGUGGAGUGAAGCUGAACAGUGCUUGUACUCCAAUAACUACUCCGGAAUUAACAACGCCGUGUGGCUCUGCAGAAUACAUGGCACCCGAAGUGGUCGAAGUCUUCACGGAGGAGGCCACGUUCUAUGAUAAGCGGUGUGAUCUCUGGAGUCUGGGAGUGAUUCUGUACAUCAUGCUCAGUGGUUACCCCCCUUUUGUGGGCAACUGUGGCACUGACUGUGGCUGGGACAGAGGAGAAGUCUGCAGAAUUUGCCAGAACAAGCUUUUUGAGAGCAUCCAGGAAGGCAAGUAUGAGUUUCCUGACAAGGAUUGGUCACAUAUAUCCUCGGAGGCCAAAGAUCUCAUCUCAAAGUUGCUGGUUCGUGAUGCCAAAGAACGACUUAGUGCUGCUCAAGUGUUGCAACAUUCUUGGGUUCAAGGACAGGCUCCUGAAAGGGCAUUACCUACCCCUCAAGUUCUUCAAAGGAACAGCAGCACAAAAGACCUGACACUUUUUGCUGCUGAGGCCAUCGCCCUCAACCGCCAGCUGUCCCAGCACGAGAACGAGCUCAGCGCCGAGCAGGAGAGCGUUGCCCAUGCUGUGUGCUCCAUGAAACUUUCUCCUCCGUCCAAGUCCCGCCUGGCCAAGCGCAGAGCAAUGACACAUGCCACCAAAACCAGUGACUUUCAGCCAGUUCCCCAUAAAGCUUUUUAAAGUUCUUCCCUGCUACGGAUUGGCGAGAUCAGCCUGUUGUUCUUAUUUCGAUUUUCAGCACGGAUAAAAGCUUCUCUGCUUCUGACACUUUGAUUAGAAGCUUGCUCUUGUGAUGUGACUUGUAACUUUAAGGGGACAGCUUUUUAUGGGAAUGUUUUUUGCCUGUCAGGUUUGGUGCAUUAAGAUAAUUUAGCCAAUCUUUUUAAACUGGAGAAGGUGGGUUUGCUGCUGUAUUAUCUGAGGUGAUAAAUCACUAAGCUUUCCUUACUUUUGUCUUAAAAGAGCAGGUUUUAAAUUGCAAACUUGAAAACAUCAGAAAAAAAAUAUUUUCCAGCUUUGCCCAGGAGAGCAUCCUGUCUCUCCCUGCCUAUGGCUGCUCUCCUUAAUGGCACAUCUUGCAAGGUGUUGCUGCUGGUGUCAGCAGCAGGGACUGUUUUCAGCCAACAGUGCCCUUCUCUUUCUGUAGACUCAGGAAACAAAGAUAAUGGCUGGGUGGAUCUCUGUCUCCAUUACCUUCUUGGGGCUUAAAUUGUGUAAGGAUUGUACUGUGGAGGUGCAAAGAUCAUUCUGGCUUGUAGAGGUGAAGAGAAUAGUGAUGGGGUUUUUUUUUAAUCCUGUUGGUAGUUCAUGUGUCAGCAUGUGGGAUGAAAGCUGGGAGUGUGUUACUUCCUUACUCUAUAUUUUUGUUCUUAACUAAAGUGUGCUCCAUCUCAUCUUUUUGUGUGUUUGUUGGGGCUUUUUUUGUGCCCAGUGUGCUCCCUUCUCUAAGAGUUCCAUUCUUAAGUCUGAUAACUGCAAUAUAACAAACUGCUUAGACAACAGCUUAUAUUAUUAUCUGGUUUUUAUUCUAUAUUAAUGCUAUCUUCAGUUAUACCUUCUUUUCUGUAAGGUCACAUUUUUCCAAGUCCUUUUGUGAGUGUUACCUGGAGUACUCAAUAUGAAGGGAGUAAAGUUUGUAAAGUUUGGUAAAGUCAGUAAAGUUUGGUACAUGAAUAAUUUAGGGUUAUCAAAUGCAGAGGUACAGUUGUGCAAACAAUGGUGCUGCAGCUGUUGCAUUCUGCCUCCUGCAGUGAUCUCAGGCUACAUGUCUAGAUUUUUGCUUCCAGUUUUCAGUAGUACAACAAGUGUCAGGAGUAAUCUGGAAUGGUGCUAGCUGAAAAGGUGACAAUUUUGUGUGACCAAGGUGAGGUGUCCAUGAAGAGGGACACAGACAUUGAGCACUUUUUGAAAUGUAAGCUGUGAAAAUUGGGCCACCAAGAUGCCCAGAUGCACCUUAAACUUGCUAGCCAUUUCUGAAAACCUUUGCCCAGGGCAUUGUGUGCAGGGUGGAGGAGGAGGCCCCCAAGUGCCACCACAAAACCCUCCCAAGCAGAAUGAGAAGGAAUAAAAUAACAGAAUCCAAGUAGCACUCAGAAUUUCAAAGGUCAAAGCUGAAUGUCUUUGCAUGGUCUAUUCAGAGCAGUUUUACAUUACCUUUUACCAGUGUGCAUAUAGCUAUUUUUAUACAACAUGCUGUAUUUUGUGACUAAUAUUAAAAGUGUUAUUUAAAAGUUUUUAUACAUCGUGCCAGUGGAUGGGUUAUGAAAUGUAUUUUGCUUUGUUUUUAUUAAAGUGCUUAAAGCUAUGGAUUUAACACA